AGUCCACAUACGCGAAAUCUCAAACCAGACGAUGGCGGAUAUAACACCAGCAACGAGGAAAGUCGACAGUGUCAUCAACACGAAGCCAACACGGAUUGGUAUGCAGCAAAAGAGUGAAUCAGAGUGGAAUAUCCGUUCUUUCAGCCGGCUCGAGAGUGACAUGGCGUGCAAAGAGGAUCAAGAAGCGAAGGACAGUCGAUAGGGACCUGCAUUGCCAAUAUGUAGUAGUCCUCAUGGUCAGUAGUAGUAGUGUUAGUAGUGCACUGAGUUUGAAUGACCCAACCAAGUCGAAACCUUCACCCCAUCAUUUGACAAUCAUGAACAAUGCAAAUGAGUCGUCCAUGGACUGUUGAUGGACAAGACAAGCAACCUAUUUGGACCCCUCAGGACGACCAAGUUUGUCGGGCGCAGUCAGAGCCGUAUCAGACACUUCCAAAGUACACAGUCGGAUAUGUCUACUCUGCGGAUAUGCUUCUGCAUUCCUCCCUGCAUGGACACCCAGAACAACCAGAGCGCAUAGCCCGAAUACGCAAAGCCUUUCAGGACUCCAAAUUACUUUCGAAAAUGAAAGAGAUUCGAAUACGCCCUGUGUACCGCAACGAAGCGCUCCUCGUUCAUAGCCAGGAACAUUGGGACAAGGUACUCGCGAUACAAGCUAUGACGCCACAAGAUAUCACUGACUCAGAGAGCUACUACGAUUCCCUAUCAUUGUUCGUCAUGAACGGCACCACUCGGGCAGCGAGGUUGAGUUGUGGAGGGGUCAUAGAGGCAUGUCUCAGCGUCGCGGAGGGUCGCCUGCAGAAAAGUUUUGCCAUAGUACGACCUCCUGGACAUCACGCCGAACCCGAUGAACACAUGGGCUUUUGCUUCUUUAAUAAUGUCGCUGUUGCAGCCAAGGUCGUUCAACUUCAGACGCAGAUCAAGCGCAUUUUGAUAUUAGAUUGGGACGUACAUCAUGGAAACGGUACCCAGCGUGCCUUUAAUGAUGACCCAUCCGUGUUGUACAUUUCUUUACAUCGCUACGAACGUGGUCAGUUCUAUCCGUGCGGACCUUUCGGUGGUCUCGAGUCGUGUGGUGAAGGCCCUGGUCUCGGCUACUCUGUCAAUAUCCCAUGGCCCACCCAUGGCAUGACAGAUGCAGACUACAUCCACGCCUUUCAACGGAUCGUGAUGCCCAUAGCUCUGGAGUUCGCCCCAGAACUGGUUAUCAUAUCGGCAGGUUUUGAUGCAGCCGAAGGAGAUGAUCUUGGCGAGUGCCAUGUCACACCAGUAGGUUAUGCUCAUAUGACGCACAUGCUUUCGAGCCUGGCUGGUGGGAAACUCGUGGUAGCUCUGGAGGGUGGUUACAACCUCGAUUCUAUAUCGAAUUCUGCUUUGGCUGUUGCUCAAACAUUGCUCGGUGAGGCACCUCCGGAGUUGCCGCCGAUGGUAGCUUCAGAAGCCGGUACGGAAACUGUGUGGCAGGUUGCAUUGGAGCAGAGUAAAUAUUGGAAGUCUGUCAACCCGAAGGCUUGCGAGCCUCGCGAAGAUUUGGACGAAAUUACCUUCUCAAUACCAGAAAUCCUCAAGGGUCACCGGCAGCAUUUCUUAUAUUCUCAAUAUCGUAUGCUGCAGGUCCCGCUGAUGCCUGCUUACGAGGAACGUUAUGGAUCUCAAGUAAUGUGCACAGAUGAUAUGUUGGAAAACACGACAAUCGUUAUGUUCGUGCAUGAAUUCGGAAACCUUUGUGCCGAGCUGGAUGGAAUGCCCAUGUGCGACGUCAAUCUCGAGCAUUCAUACCUUAUCGAUUUCUCUAAAGAACUUAUCGCAUGGGUCAGAAGUGAGGGGUACGCUCUCGUGGACGUCAACAUGUUCCCGCGACCCUUCUCGACCACCCCCCUCCCCAUAAAUAUGCGUUCGAAAAAUAACAUGGUAGAAAAUCCUAGUAGAGACCUCUUGGUCUAUCUUUGGGACAAUUAUAUCCAGCUCUCAAAUGCACAACGCAUCAUUCUUAUUGGGCAUGGUCAGGGAUGCCAAACCUUGAUGGAUCUGUUUCAGAAGAGGCCCGCGAACAUGAUUAAAUAUGUGAAUCUGGUUGUGCAAGUCGUUGGAACAGCAAAAAUACCUCUGAUACCAAAGGACUCCAACGAACUGAAAGCUUGGUACGCGAAGAACUCGAUUGUUAUUGUGCAUCCUCAACAUCCAGCGUUCGCACCGGACAACAAGAUCCUCAAGCGACAUGGACGUGUCAUGAGGAUUGAUGAGGUGAAACCGAUCAAAACUAUGAUAAAGGCCUUGCCUAUGAUCCGCGACUACAUCAAGCAAACUCUGGUGCCGGUUGAGUAACCGCGCAGUGUUAAAUAUAAGCUACUCUCGUUGUGUAAUACUGUUGUCUGCUAUCUGCUCUGUGGUUAUAUCCA